AUGACGCAAUCCCACAACACACGCCCCUUACCCACAACACACCGCCCCCAGCCCUGCUCUCACACCCGGGACACUCACAGCGCGCUCAUCACGCACACCCCAAACAACCCUCCUACACUCCUCUCACAACAAACACCACUCGCUCCAGCCUUGCACGCAACACACCAAACGCAAACACACACGCACGCACCCACACCACCUCCCCGACCCUCCGGACGGACGCCCUACACCCGGCGCCCCCUCUCGGCUCACUGCCUCGCCCGGGACGCCGGCGCCAGGGCGACCCCUGCCGCUCGCACCGGGAACCCACACUCGCCGCCCAACAGCGCCCCGCACUCCCCGUCCACCCACUGCCCGACGCGCCGCCACUCGCCUCCCUUCGCUCCCCUCCCAACGCCCGCUCCUCCCCGGGGACUCAGCCACAGCCAAACCCAGGCCUCCACCUCGGGACCGUCGCCGGCCUUCUUCGCCACCGGCCCUAGGCCCGGCAAGGCCUCGACACCCACCCGCCCCGGACCCCUGACCUUAGCCCUCCACACCUUCUCCGGGGAGCACGGAGGCUCGGCGGCAACACCCCGGACCCCGAACUAUCGCUUCCCAGGACCCCCGGGCCUUCAGGACUACCACCAGACACAUAGUGGCUGCAGGGAUGCAGGGAUGCACGGAUGCAGGGCUGCGAGGACCUAUCCGGGGGUGGGCGAGUGGGUGGGUGCCCUGCACCCGGACACCCUGCUAGGGACGGCCAGGCGAGCGAGCGAGCGAGCGAGCGAGCACCCCGCGACACUGGACGGAGGGAGGACACGGCUCGCUCUCUCCCACUCCCCUACCCGCAGGACCCGCUCCUGCCAGAUGUCUCCAGGGAAGCAGGAGGCUUUUCGGGGGAACCGGAGUGGGGAAGUCUUCUUCACCCCACAAGGCCCAGGCCCGAGCCCCCAAGCACAACACGGGGACUUCCUCCCCACCCACCGCCAUCCAAGGGGCGUCUUCAGAGAAGCCCACCCGGGGCACCUUGUUCUACCCCCACUCGUCUCUAAAACCAGCCCUUCUUUUGUAUUGUCAUUUUCGUUUCUAUAUUCAUUGGAUGCUGAACACCUCUAUCUCAACUGCCUCUCGACCACAGGCUUGGACUGA